GUGUGUGUGUGUGUGUGUGUGUUCUUGUGUGCGUUGGUGGUGCUUGAGCGUGCGAGUGAGCGACCGACCGACCAGAGGAGUCGCUUAGACGGGCGACGAGUGUGUGAACUGUGUGUGUGCGCGCCAAGUAGAGCGGGGCGGCGGUUUGUGUGACUGUGCGUUGUCGGACGAUGUCGGACCGAGAGAGCGGCGAUGAUCAGCCCCAGAGCCAAAGGCAAGCUUCAAAUGGAGCUACAGGUUCUGAUUCUGGUCAACAACAGCAAAGUAAUGAGCAAGAGCUGGCUACCAAAAUGCUUCAAAUACAAUCAAAACGUUUUUACUUAGAUGUUAAACAAAAUAGAAGAGGAAAGUUUAUAAAAGUCGCUGAAAUUGGAGCUGAUGGUAGAAGAAGUCAAAUUUUUUUGGCUUUGUCCACCGCGGCCGAUUUCAGAGAUCAUCUUGGUACUUUCAGCGAGUUUUAUUCACAGUUAGGACCACCAAAUCCAGAUACCGUUCCUGAAGAUGGAAAAUUGAAGUCCGAAAUGAUGAUCAAGGACAAUCGUCGUUAUUACUUAGAUCUAAAGGAGAACGCCCGUGGAAGAUUUCUUCGUGUCUCCCAGACCAUAACUCGUGGUGGCCCACGUUCUCAAGUUGCUAUCCCAGCGCAGGGGAUGAUUGAGUUCCGUGAUAAUUUGACAGAUCUAUUAGAUGAAUUCGGUACAGACGAUGGUGGCUUCAAAGGUGACUUGCCUGAUGGUCGUCACAUGAGGGUUGAUAACAAAAAUUUUUAUUUUGAUGUUGGCCAAAAUAACCGUGGCAUUUACAUGCGCAUAUCGGAGGUAACAACUACGGUGAAAGGAAACUUUAGAACGGCAAUCACUGUGCCAGAAAAGUCUUGGUCCCGCUUCCGCGAUUAUUUCAGGGACUAUUGCGAAAAGAUGGCUGAGUGCAACGAAAAAAGUACUACAGCAACUUCAGUGCCAGCUGAAAGUGUUAGUCCACAAUAAACCUCCAUGUAUAAAAAGUUAUAAAAAAAAUAUAUAAUUACAUUUUUUUUUUCACACACACUCAUACAAACAAAUGAAAUUUGAAAAUUGUUUUAAAUUAAUUUAGCAGGUCUAACGAAUAGUAUAAAAUGACAAGGUGGUGGGGAUGAUAUUCAAUUCGUCCUAUAGGAAUGUGAAUUUACUAAGGCAUCUGAUUUAUGUUCUAAUUGCACAUGAGUUUACCAACUGAUUGUGCAAUGUUAAAGUCUUUUCUAGCUUGUUGUUUAAGUGUUGUUCCAUCUCAUAUUUUCUCCAUUAGUGCAAUAUUUGUUGAACAUUUUUUUUUAAAUUUUAGUAACUACCAGAUUGAUGUUUUUGUUUUAUAUUUUAUUAUGAAAAUUGUUGUUAAAAUUUUAUCCCAAAAGUUGACAUUUAUUUUGUUAAAUAUUUUUGUUUUAGCUUAUUAAUCAUUCCAAAAUUAAUUCAGUUAUAUAUAUUUAGUUAUCAUUUGAGAUUUUAUAACAAUUAAUGAU